AGGUGUUGAGAUGGUUGUUGGAGGUUGUGAGGUUGUGUGAGGAGAGGGAGGAGGAAGUUCAAAGUUUGAGACAGGAGAAGAGGGAGAGCAUGGAGUGGUUGAGUAAUGAAGAAUACGAAAAGUGCUGGACGAUAUUGGGUUUCCACCGAACUGCGUCGACUCGAACGGACGGGCUGCAUUGGAUGCCAUGGCAUCACUCAUCGCACACGCAAAGCUUCCAACGACCGAGAUAUCCACCCUCAUCGCCGAACUGAUGUAUCAGCAACAACGUGAACUCGCCUUACACCGCGCACACACAGAAGCCCAAUCCCUCGUCUCAGAUGUCACCGCAAAAGCAGAAUCUCUGCAACGCCAACUCGAUCAAUUGAACAGCACCUUGUUAUCAUCAGCUGAGGAUCUGGAAGACAAAAUAAGCGAAUGGUCAUCAGCACUCCCCUCCCUCCGCCCAAAAACAGCCGAAUAUACAUCCCGCUCAAACCACCUUCGCUCACUCCUCGAACGCUCAAACGCCCUACCCCUCCUGUCGCAAGCGAAGACCGAAGAAAUAGAAAUAUUAAAGUUGAAAGACGAAACGGAGUUGUUGGAGGCGAAGGUUAGGGCGUAUGGAGGCUUACCGACGGAUUUGGGAUUGGCGGGGUUGGAGGUGGAGGGAAUGAGAAGACGAGUGCGGGACUUGAGGAAAGUGCGGGAGGAUUUGUAUGCUAGAAUGCUAUAACCUCUUUCCUUCUACCCUCCAAUUGCUCAUUGCUCGCUGCCCAUGGGG